AUGUCAGCAAAACUGUAUACGGAGAGCUACCGUCCCCGCUGCACAUUGCAGAUACGCCUUCUGCUCGCUGUCACCCCCGCUACACCCGGCCGCCUUCUCCCGGCAUGGCAGACGGCUUCGUCCCGACAUGGCAGUGCGACAUUACACCCUCGACUUCAAGCUCUUUGCACCAGCUGACUGUUCUGCAACUGUGCGUGGCCUGCAGUCUAUAUUUCAAGAGCAGGAAAUGACAGAGACUGUCCAUGAUACAGAGGGACAUGGAUACUUGGCCACUUUUAUUGGCAAGAAUGGCAGGUUUGCCGUCCUGAGACUGCACUCUGAUGGUCUGGUGACUUUCGACCUGCAGUGUCGUAAAGAGGACGAUUUAGCUCAAGUGGACAAUCUACUGAAUGCACUGGAAAAUAAACUACGGACUCUCUUGCAUGGAACUAUCCAAAGGGUCAAAAGGCUUCCUGCACUGAGCCGAGGGGCUGAAGUGGACCGCUACUGGCCUACAGCUGAUGGCAGAUUGGUUGAGUAUGACAUUGAUGAAGUUGUGUAUGAGAAAGAUUCUGCUUAUCAAAACAUCAAAAUCCUGCACUCACUUCAGUUUGGUAACAUCCUCAUUCUCAACGGAGACGUUAAUUUGGCAGAAAGCGAUUUGCCAUACACGCAGGCCAUUAUGGGCAGCGGCAGGGAGCAUUAUGCUGGGAAGGAGGUUCUGAUCCUAGGUGGAGGAGAUGGAGGGAUUCUCUGUGAAGCAGUAAAGCUCAAACCAAAGAUGAUUACCAUGUUGGAAAUCGAUCAGCUGGUGAUUGACGGAUGUCGGAAACACAUGAGGAAGACGUGUGGAAACGUCUUGGAUAACUUAAAGGGUGACUGUUAUGAAGUGCUUGUGCAGGACUGUGUUCCAGUUCUGAAGAAGUUUGUAGAAGAGGGAAGGAUGUUUGAUUUUGUCAUUAACGACCUAACAGCAGUCCCGAUUUCUACAGCACCAGAGGAGGAGUCAACAUGGGAGUUCCUGAGGCUUAUUCUUGACCUGUCAAUCAAUGUUUUACGUCCUACUGGGAAGUACUUCACUCAGGGGAAUUGUGUGAAUCUGACUGAGGCACUUACUGAGUAUGAGGAGCUGCUGGGAAGGCUUUCAUGCAAGGUGGACUUCUCCAAAGAAGUGGUGUGUGUUCCCUCCUACAUGGAGCUGUGGGUAUUUUAUACUGUCUGGAAGAAGUAGCGACUCUCCCCUUUUUGAGCCCUUCGUCCAGCAUGUGAAGUUUCACCCUCUGAUGCACUGUGGGGAGACUUGCACACAUCUCUCCAUGCACAUUUUCCCUCCAUGCCCAAAUCCCUUUCUUUUGUAGAAUUAGUUUUUAUUUUGUGUUUGAAAUGCAAUGAAGAUUGUAUUUGUGUUGCUUGUUUGUGUGGUUGUUCUGUUUGAACUGUAGAUGGCGCUCUGGUUCAGUGAUUGAAGCUGAUUUGGUUUACUUUCUGACUUCAGUGAAGAGCAGCCAACUGAACAGCUCUGUAGGUUCUGAUUUUAGUAUAAAUUAUGAGUUUUACUGUGGCUCUGCUGAUGUUCGGGUGUUUUAAUUUUUGGGCUCUCAGUGAUUUUUAUUACUGUGGACUGAGUGUGAUUAGACCCACAGGAAGUUUGAUUGCAUUGCAUUCUGGGAUGCUAAGAGUGCACCGAGAUCUCAAAAAUGUUUUAAAAGGGAAAAGGGUUCUGCUGUGGCAUAGUUCAUGCGUUUUCUUUUGCUGAACUGUGAAUGUUUUUUUUUUUAAUGAUGAGCGCCUUUAGGACGCAUGUGCUUGAAGGAAAGAGUUUUGCUGAAUGUAGUUCACACGCAUUUACAUCCAUGAUCCAUACUGAGGUGCUUCAUUGACGUUAUUUAUUUAAUUUUGUUGCAUCAAAUCCACACAGUCGUCCUGCCCUGAAAAUACUUUCUGAUCCUCGAAAUGCUAUUAAACAGCUAUUAAAGCAAACUGGAGAGAAAA